AUGCAUGGGAACUGCCCCAACCUACGGAAACCUAGUCACUGUUCUGAGCAUCGAUGGCGAUGGAAUAAGAGGCCAAAUCCCAGGAACCAGCCAGCUAUCUUUUCCAGCUUCAAGGUGAAAAAUAAGCCUUCCUUUGAUGCCCUACUCUUGGACAUAUGUAUUGCAACCUCAGCGGCACCAACUUAUCUUCCAGCUCAUUAUUUUGAAACCAACGGCCUAAAAGGAAAAGUUAGAGAAUUUCACCUGAUAGAUGGUGGAUUGGCAGCAAAUAAUCCGACUUUGAUUGCUAUUGGUGAAGUGACAAAGGAAAUAAUUAAGGGGAGUUCAGACUUCUUUCCUAUAAAACCAAUGGACUAUGGACGAUUUCUGGUGAUAUCCUUAGGAACUGACUCAUCGAAAGCUGAACUGAAAUACAAUGCUCAUGUUGCCUCCAAGUGGGGUGUGUGGAAUUGGUUAACGAGCGGUGGUUCCACCCCAUUGAUCAAUGCUUUCAGUCAAGCAAGUGCCGCUAUGGUCGAUUUGCAUCUUUCUGUGGUGUUCAAAGCCCUUCACUCGGAGAAAAACUAUCUUCGAAUUCAGGAUCACACACUAAGUGGCGAAGUAUCUUCAGUAGAUGUAGCAACAGAGAAGAAUCUGGACCAUCUUCUCAAAGUUGGUGAAGGACUAUUGAGACAACCAGUUUCAAGGGUUAAUUUAGAGACAGGCAGAUUCGAAGCUUGUAAUCAUGAGACUAAUAAAGAGGCUCUUAUAAGGUUUGCAAAAUUGCUGUCCGAAGAGAAGUGGCUUCGCCUUGCAAGGUCUCCGAUCCCCAUGGACAUAUUGCAAAGUCUCACUGAUAUGUAUGUUGCAAAGUUCCAUGAGAAAGUCUUGGCAUAUGGUUCUCUAUUUUAG